GUUGUUAGGUCCGGUUUCACGAACGUGGAAACUUCUAAAUUAUUGCACUUCACUUGUCAGUUCUGACAGAUGGUGUGAAUUAGUUUGACUGUAUUUACGGAAAUGACUCGAUAUACUUGGCAUUGGAUAUUACUAGUAGUGACAAUAACGUUUGAGACUGUCUUUAUUCUUGGAGACAAUUUUAGUAGCAAAAUCAGAGAUGAAAACAAGGGAUGCUUUUGUAAGUUGAAGGGUGAAAUUGAUGACUGUUCCUGUAAAGUUGAAACAUUGGAUUCGCUUAACAACAACAAGAUUUUCCCUCGUUUAAACAGUCUUCUUUCGCGAAAUUAUUUCAGGUAUUUCAAGGUUAAUCUGAAAAAGGUGUGUCCAUUUUGGAGUGAUGAUAGUCGAUGUGCUCUGAAAGAUUGUCAUGUUUCCAAUUGUCCUGAGGAUUCAGUUCCUCCAGCUUUAGUAAAAAAUCAAAAGAAGCCAGAAAACAAGUAUGCGAAGAAAUCUAAUGAGGAUGAUUCCUGUGAAGAGGAAAGAGAACUGGGAGCUCUAGACAGAACUCUAAGUGCUGAGAGCAAAGAAGCCUUCAAAAACUGGACAAAGUAUGAUGAAUCACAAGACCUGUUUUGUGACUUAGAUGAUGAAUCCUCAGCGGACCUGUCCUAUGUUGAUUUGUUGCUGAAUCCUGAGCGGUACACUGGAUAUAAGGGAGCAUCCACUCGGCGCAUUUGGCGUACUAUUUAUGAAGAGAAUUGUUUCAAGCCACAACCUACCUACGGAUAUGAACCGAAGUCUUUCCACUCAACAAAAUAUCACGAGCCCCAUAUUGAAGAUAUGUGUCUUGAAAAACGUGUAUUUUACCGUAUGGUCUCCGGUCUUCACACAAGCAUCAACACCCACCUCUCGGCUAGAUAUUACACACCAGCAAUAAAUGGUUUUGGACAAGGUGUUUGGGGUCCAAAUGUUAAAGAAUUUAAAAGGCGUUUUGAACCAGAAACCACAAAUGGCGAAGGUCCCCAGAGGCUGAAGAAUCUAUACUUUACUUACCUAGUAGAACUGAGAGCAAUAGCUAAAGCAGCUCCAUAUCUGCUUCAGGAAGAAUUUUAUACAGGAGAUUCAGAAGAAGAUGAAGAUGUUAAAGAAGGAAUUCAUGAGCUUCUACAUAUUAUCAAUUCCUUUUCAGAUCACUUUGAUGAGAGCCAGUUGUUCAAAGGAAAUUCAAAAGAGGCUUUAAAGUUAAAGGAAGAAUUUCGAAAUCAUUUCAGGAAUAUUUCCCGUAUCAUGGACUGUGUUGGUUGUGACAAAUGCAAGCUUUGGGGAAAAUUACAGAUUAAUGGCAUGGGCACUGCAUUAAAAAUCCUGUUUUCGGGUGAUACUAUUGGACCUCAGUCAACUGUUAAUGCAAAGAGCAAGAAAACAUUCCAGCUCACCAGAACAGAAAUCGUGACACUCUUUAAUGCUUUUGGAAGGUUGUCAAACAGUAUCCACUUUUUGGAAGAAUUCCGUGCAAAGUUAAAGUGAAAGAGAUGAAAGUUAUUGAAGAAAUAGCCAAUAAUAGUGUGGAUUUGGUCACAAUGUUCAAAGGAAAAACUCCACAAUAUUGCACUUCUGUUGUGACAAGUGAUUCACAAUGUAAUGCAUUUGUGCAGUAUUUCAGAAUCUUCAUAAAUAAUCAAAACUUUUAUUCUAGCAAUGCUCACAAAUUUUGUCUGAAAAAUGUCUCUGACUUUAAAGGGACUGCCUUACGUGACUGUCAUAGGUGACUGCCAUAUAUGAGCAUAUUUAUUAAAUGUCUUUUUUUUGAUUGGAGCAAUGUUUGUUUUGGAUAGAGCAACGAUGAUGAAUGGUAAUAUUGUAUGUAGGCAUUAUACAAAAAAAAGAAAAGAAAGAAACAAUCUUAAAUUGCACUGGCACAUUUUUAUUCUUAAUCAUCUAACUUUAAAAACCAAGAAAUUAGAUUAAACACCUAAAGGAAUUGGGAAUUCAUAACAAAUGUGUAGGUGUUUAUUAGCCCCGGAUAGAUAUACACACUGGCUAUGUUUUUGAAACAUAAAGGUCAGAAGCUUGUUAACCACCAUUUUGUUGUUGAUCAUCGAAAUGAAUAUGUCAAAUACACAAGCAUGAAGAAUACUACAUGAGUGGCCAUUAGAUACCAGUUAUCUUAUAAAUUGUUGCAAAGCUUAUUUAAUGAGUGAUACUUUAUGUCUCACCUGUACGCAGUAAAAAGGCGAGAUAUAGGUAGUACUUAUCUGCUGGCAGUGGCCUCGGCAAUGACAGCUGUGUCAACUUUUGUGUUUAACUCAGUGUUAAACAUUCAUGUUUAGCUCCAUUUCUCACAAACUACAAGUGCUUGAUCAAUGAAACUUGGUUUAUAGUUACAUCUAUGAGUAUGAAUGUUCAUCUCAGUGUAUUAAAAAAAGAAAAGAUUUUUUUUUUUUUUUGCUUUUUUUUUUUAAACAUGCAUUGUGAUGAUCGUCUAUAGAUGCAACAAUCAGCGACACUAAAUAAGUUUGACAGGUGAAUCAUUUAAUUCUGCAGUAAAUGGGACCAAAAGGACACAGGUACAGGAUUCUGUUUCUUAAAUAUUCUCACAAACCAGUUUUAAUUAUGUCUUUUUAGCUAAAAUUAAUUACAUUGUUUGUAAUUAAGUUAUUGUUAGAAAUCUGUACUUGUAGGGCUGAACUUAUGAAGGCUGGUCAUCUUUAAACACAGGUGUUAAAGCAUAGUAAAUGUUUGUAGUUAUAAAUACAUGUGUAAGUCUAUAACAGGCUUUGUAAAUUCGGCUAAUAGUGUUUAAUUUCAGUGAAUGGUUUUGGAUUUAAUGUGUAAAUACAAAUUGUCACAUGGUGUACUCUCAAAUAGGUUUAACUGUUAAUAAAAAAAAUUAUUAUUGUAUUUUUUGUGUGCAACUGGCAAAAUCUUGGCUGUAAUGAAAACUGCAGUGAAAAAAUAAUUUGUGGAAACAAUAUUAACAGAAAAUCAUUUGGGUGAUUUAUGACUUUUUUAUGUGUAUUUUUCAAAUUAAAUUACAAUGUGGCAGCUAGUCUAAAAUAACAUUAAUACAAAAGAAAGCAAAAUAUUGCAGAGGAUUUUGCCCUUUUUAUGAUCUUGUUAAAGUGUUUAGGAGCUUGAAUUUUGGUGUUACAUCAUGUUAAAGUGUUUUGUUUACACUUAAUAUGUUUAACAAAUUCUAGCAAAGCUAGAAUGUGUAUAUGUUUUAUGUUAUAUGAUCUCGUAUAUCAAAUAGUGAUAUAACUAGUUUUUGGUCAUUUGUUAAACCAUAUCUUCGGUUUCACUUCCAUUUCAGAAUUUAAGUUACCAUAAACAUGAACAUUAGAUACUUCUUACCACAGUUACAUACAUCAUGUACUAUUUUGAUUCCUGUUUGAACUCCAUUAAUUUGAUCAUCAGACCAGCUUUUUGGGGCUCCAUAGUUACAUAAUUAAAUCCACAUGACAAAAUGUUUUUUUUUUUGUACUUCUUUAGGAGGAAUUAACACUGAAAUUUUCUAACCAUUCAUGUAUAAAUGCAAUUUUAAAAAAUUGUAAUUUUUUCUCCAUAAUACAUUCCUGCUACCGGUUUCAUAUCAUUUUCAUCAGUGUAGUUUGUAGAUAUCAGUGUUUCCCAAUGUAUACAAUUUUGUUAACACACAUACUUCUAAAUGUUAAUAAAUGCACAUGGUCUUUUUUGUUGGUGGUACUUAAAUUUCUUUUUAGUCAUCGAUAUUAAUGUUGUUAUGCUUUGUGCAAUACACACAGAAAUGUUUUUCACUGAUUUAUGUAAUAAGGUUAUGGUCGUAGAUAUUUGAUAACUUGAAAAGUAUCUUUAUGUAUAUAAUUACUUAACACUUGUGGAGUAUGUUUAUCUUUCUCCAAGGCAUUAUGCUAAGGAACAUUGGACAGGUAGUCUCGUGUGAAUUAGAAUAUAGGACGUUUUGUAAUGGUUUUAAGUUUAAUGUUUGACGUUUUAUUUAUUUUUGUUCACUGUUGUGUUUUUUAAUUUCACUACUGUAAUAAUUCUACUAAUCUUGAAUAUGAAAAAAAAAAAUUCAACUAUGCUUAAUGCUUAUAGAAUAAAUUCUGGAUAUUUUCAAAUUUUAAAAAUCAUUUUAUUUGUUUCUUUUUUCCUUCAGAACAUAAUUUCCAGAUCCAUCUUUAUAAAAGGUCUUUUUAGUCUGUUGUUUUUAGUUCUCCUUGACAACUAUGCUGUAACCUACUGUAGUCUGACAGUCAGUAAAACUUAUUUUAAAACCCCCGUUUUAUUAUGAAUUGUAAUUUGGUAUAAAAAUAUAUGUAUAUUUAGGUAAUACUGUAGAUCAUGAAAGUUUUGUGAACAGCAAAGAAUUGCUAAAAUGCUGAAUGAAUAAUGAUUGCAGUGCUUUAUUUUCCCAAUAAUAUGAAGAAAAAAACCCACAUUGUAUUACCGGUAUUCAAUCAUUCAGUAAACGGAAACCUACACAAAAAACAAUUUGGAUUUACUGUAAAUUAUCGCUAUUAAUCAAUCACCCAUUUUACUCGUGUUUACAUCCACUGAAGGUUCAAGCACGACUGUCUUGGGCACAUUCUCCAAGAUUCCCUGGUGUCUGCAUCAAGAAAUAGAGUUAUUACAAAUGUGUAUAUGCCAAUAUUAUCUUCAUAAAAAUGCUGAUGCAACAAUUUUUUUUGGAAAUAUCGAUAUUGAUGAAGUGGAAGUGAUUGAUUUAAAAAAAUUAUUUUUUUAGUAAUGCAUCUUUAAUUCCCAGCACAAAAACUUUCAUAUUCUCAAAUAAUAGUUACCAUAUCUGGACCUUUGCCGUAUUAAAAAAAACCUAAUUAAAAUCAGAGAGCAAACAAAGAUCAAAGGUUAAGUUGAGACAUAGCAUCACAGCAGUUUAGAUCAAAUACUAUGUCUUAUUUUAAGAGUAUUUUAAUGAAAAAUGACGUGUUUAUACAUGUAGAAAUGAUGAUUAAUUCAUAAUAGGUAAAUUUAAAUAUAUCAUUCCUUACAUUUGAAAUAGAAAAACAAAGCCAACUGACUGACCACCAUGACUGGCAUGUCUAUAUUCACUGAUGUACUGAAACAAAAAACCAACUUGAGAUGAACUAGCCUAAAUGUGAACAUUGGCAAGUGAUAACUGAUGGUAGCAUCUGGGCAACACAUACAUUGUGCUUUACCAAUUAGGUUACUUGAAAAUACAGUAUGUUAUGGUAUGGAUCGUGGUAAUAGUCCAUUUGCUUUUUUGUUCCAGUAUAAUUCAGAUAUGCCACUGUGUUCGAAAUUAACGGUAUCACGAUAUCCCAGAAUUUAAUUUUGGAUACCAGACUUCAAGAACCCAGUAUCCCACCGGGAUGUCAUAUAAUGUUUUUGGGGUUUUUUUUUUUUAAAUCCUGCAUUUUUAGUUUU